ACAUCUGCUGAUGAUCCCUAUCGUGAAGGUCAUGCCAUUCCAAAUCACUCGGUCAGCUCUCUACUCAGCGGCAUCGGACUCGAAGUUCAAUUGCAGCCUUGACACCCUUGUCAGGCGGUCAUUGUAACGACGGUAGAUAAAGCUAACUCCACGGGCUGCAUCGAGGCCACGAACCGAGACACAGCUUUCCUACGACAACGUUAUUAUCACCCGCUUGGGUUUUGGGACGAACUCUUGGCAUCGCCAUUUCUACACCCCCCAAAGUGCCCAGCAUGAAGGUCAUUCUUGCCAUCAACUCGGGAUCUAGCUCUGUAAAGAUCUCGGUUUACUCCGCCGAACCUAAUCGGUCACCUCUUCAGAUCGCAGAGGCAGCCGUCAGUGGUUUGACGGCCCCACCCGCACAGGUCACAUACAUGCGUGGCGGGGUUGAGGUCAAGACGAAGGAAGAUCUCGAGGAUGAUCUAUCAGCUCAGGCCGACGCCUUCAAGGUUCUUCUCAAGCUACUGAUUGAGGACUCGGAAUUGCCGCAGAUCAAGAAAAAGGGCGAUAUUGCCCUCACCUGCCACCGCAUCGUCCACGGGGGCGACUAUCCUAGCUCUCAAAUAAUCACCCGGGACACAUACCAUCACCUUGAAGAGCUGAGUGACCUUGCGCCCUUACACAAUGGUCCCGCUCUCGACAUUGUCAACUCGUGCGUGAAGCAGCUCCCCGACGCUGUCAAUGUCGCCUGCUUUGACACGCAAUUCCACACGACGAUUCCCGCGCACGUUCAUACGUACCCCAUCAACCAAGAUGUUGCCAGAAAGAAUCACCUAAAAAAAUAUGGGUUUCAUGGCGUCAGCUACUCCUUCAUCACUCGAGCCGUCUCCGAGUUUCUCGGCAAGGAGACCAAAGAUCUCAAUAUCAUCGCCCUUCAUCUGGGAAGCGGAGCAAGCGCAUGCGCCAUCCGCAACGGUCAGAGCUGGGAUACCAGUAUGGGCUUGACUCCUGUUGCUGGCUUGCCUGGAGCCACCAGAAGCGGCAGUGUAGAUCCCAGUCUCGUCUUCCAUUACGCAAGUGACGUCGGCAAGCUAUCCCCCAACUCGACAUCACAGCUGCACCUCACCAAGGCCGAAGAUAUUCUCAACAAGCGUAGUGGAUGGAAGUCGCUUACAGGAACAACCGAUUUUGGAGUAAUUGCUAAUUCGGAUGAGCCGGCCCAUAAGCUUGCGUUCGACAUUUUUGUCGACAGAAUAUGUGCCUUUAUUGGCUCUUACUUUGUUACUCUCAACGGCAACGUAGACGCGUUGGUCUUUGCAGGGGGCAUUGGCGAAAAGAGCGACAAGCUGCGGAAGCGGGUCGCCGAGCAAUGCGCAUGCUUGGGCUUCACCAUCGAUGAUGCUCUGAACAGCAAGAAAAUCGUAGAUACGGUCCAGGAGGUUGGCAAAGACACCAAACGUCGUACGUUGGUCUGCCAGACAGACGAGCAAUACGAGAUGGCAAGGCUCUGCACCGAAAAUGAAGCGCUCUGGCAAGAGUAGGUCUUGAGUCGCAAGGGGAGACGAACGAUUCCCGGCGGGAUCGCGAUGACAACUCGAGACCGCGGGUUUUUAUUUCCGCACAUGCCAUUAAAGCCACCGGUAUAUGGGUUAGCAGAACGGC